AUGAAUUUGCUUUAUCUAUUAUUAUGGGUUUAAUAGAGUAUAGGUUCUUAUCAUAAAGGGAAUUAUUUAUUUACUGAAACAGUGAAAGGAACAUGUGAUUUUACAAGAAAAAGUUAAUACAUAUAUGAUUAUAAGGUAGUUUAGUCAUAAAUGUUAGGACCUAGGAGGUAGUAAAUUAGAUGAAGCAUUAUCGAUAGGGUUUGGAUUUUGGCUAUUUUUUGAUACUUCAAAGUAGGAGCUUCUGUAUAAUGUAAGUAAUCUAUUCUUUUUGAGUGAUAAUGAUAAUUCUUUUAAUUUCAGAAUAAUAUCUUUUGGAUUAAAGAAAUAUGGUAUAAAUUCAACAUUAGAGUUAUUUUAACAAGAUUAGAUAUUAAAAUAAGGUCCAUCAAUAAAUAUAAAUACAUAAGAUUUAAUGGAUGAUAAAUGGUAAUUUGUUUACGUUUCUUAUGAUUUUUUAUUUUUGAAAUAUUCAUUAGGAGUGUUUGAAGCAGAUAAAACAGUGAUUAUAAAUGGUACAUAUUCAUGUCCAAGUUAAUUGAAAUAUUGUACAAAUGAAACAUUGCCAUAGCCAUUUUUAAAAAGAGAGAAAUUAAAAUUAUAUAUUGCUUAGAAUGGACCAUAUAGAAAUGAUACAAUGAAGAGUAGGUCAUGGUGUGGAAGUGUAUCGGGAUUUUAAUAUUAUCUGGAUGUACUAAUGGUGAGUGAUUACAAUUUAGAUGCUUUGAUGUAUGGUUAUGAUAAAUCUGGAAUAUAUUUGAAUUAUCCAUUAACUUAGAUGAGUGGAAAUUAACUAUAUGAUUAUAGUGGUUAAGAAUUAGAUAUUCAACAUGAUAUAACUGUAGAUUGGACAGAUUAAGCAUUUACAAUUGGAUAACCUAUAUCUAUUAAUUUACCUCUUAAAAGAUUCUUAUAUAAUAGAUUCUUUAUAUCUUUCUGGUUAAAAGUAGAUGCUGGUAUUAAUUUCGCAAUAUUACAAAGAAUGGUUGAUAGUGUAAUUAUGUUUGAAUUGGAUAUCACAUAUUAUGCUAUAGGAAAUUAUUAUUUCUUUACAGUGAUAAGAGAAAACUUUAAUUCUUAAAUAGAUGUUUAAUUUAAUGUAAAUUAAUGGAACCAUUUUGUACUUAUCUUUAAUUAUGAUAAAAUAUCCUAUGAAGAUGGAAUUUAAACUAAAGCUAAAAUUUAUAAAAAUAAUGAAGAUCCAUAAUAUUUUGAUUUAACUGUUCCUAUUUAUAAUGCUGCUCAAGAUAGUGAUGUUCUUACAUUUGGUAAAAGAGAUUCGAUAGCUUCAGGAAAGACUUUAAAAAUUGUCAAUCUUUAAUUUCAUUAAGGAGCAAGAGUAUAUAGUCAUAAAAGUAAAGAAGCUGGAGAUAAUACAUGUUUAUUAUCCGCUCCAAAAGUAUUCUAAUAUAAUUGUUUAUUAUGUUCAGAUGGUUAUUUUCUAUUCCAAAAUAAAUGUAUAACUAGUUCUGAUUGUACCAAUCAAAAUGGUCUAGCAGAUGCUGAUAAAAAGAUUUGUCUACCUUAAUGCGAUUUUAAAUGUAAAACUUGUAAUAUUCUAACACCUACUAUUUGUACACUUUGUAUUAACAACUUAUAACUCAAUAGCGGAGUUUGUAGUUGUCCAAAUAAUGGAUAUAUUGGAAAUGGAUUAUAAUUAAAAUGUAAAGAAUUUAAUGAAGUUUAAUUCACUGAAAUUGGUACUUAUUAAGCAAUCUUAAAUUAUGUUAAAAGCGGAAUCAAUCAAAGAAAAGACGAAUUACAAAUCUUUUUUAAGUAAACUUUCUCUAGUAUCCCUUCUGUUAUUGUAGCUAUUAAAGAAAUUAAAAUCACCAAAGGAAAUUCAUUUAAAUUAUUAGCCACUCAAGUUACUUAAGAAACAUUUGUACUCUCUGUUGAAGCUUUUGAUCAAACUACUAUUGAAAAUCUUGCUAUAAAUUAUUUUGCUACUCUCUAAUCUGAUUUAUUCGUUUUGAUGUAGGAAGAAUAUGAUACUACCAAUUCUUUUGCCAUUGGAAGCGGAAAUAGACUUCAUCAAGUCUAAAUAUUAUUAAAUGAAUGGAAUAUCAAAUUACAUUAUCCUAAAGUUAUACCAUAUUUUAAUGGGAUGUAAUUUGUAUCAGGCACUAAUAAUGUUACUGUUUCUUAAAGUUACUCAGUUGAUAAUAUAAACAAAUAUAUACUUGUAGACUUUCAAAUCAAAGGAGAUAUAUAAAUUAGCAAGAUUUAUUAUAGUUUCAUUCUGAUAUCUGAAGAAUUUGAAACCUUGAUCUCAUAAUUUAAUUCCUAAUCUCAUGUAUUAUGGAUUACUUAACCAGGAGCUUAAAAAUAAAAUACAACAAUGUACUCUUUUAAAAAUCCAUAAAUUAACCAUUUCUAUGGUAUCUCAGUUCUAGGAUAUGUAAAUUCUGAAAUUAAAAAUAUUGCAGUUCAUAGUGAAUUAAAUUCACAAAUUAAUCAAUAUAAUUUAUUUGCUAUUACAGAUGAUGAUACAAUAAUAGAUUUUUUAUAAAUAUAAAUAAUAGGAAUUGGAAUUAAUUGCUAAACAUAUGGUUGUUCUUAAUGUAAAUCAUCUCCUGUAGAUUGUUUAAUUUGCAAAGAUAAUUCUUUACUCCCUGCUUAAUAAUGUUUGAAUUGUGCAAUUAAUCAAUAUUUAGAUUCAGAAUAUUCAUGUUAACCAUGUAAAUGGAAUUGUUAAACUUGUGAAGAUGCUGAUUAAUGUCUGACAUGUCCUAUUAAUGUUAAUAGAUAUGAUGAUCCUAUAAAUAAGUGUCCAUGUUAAAAUGGUUAUUAUGAUAAUGGAGUAGCCCUGUGUGUUUAAUGUGAUUGGAGAUGUGAAACUUGUGAAUAGUCUGCUACUAAAUGUACAUAAUGUAAGGGAGCUAAUCGUAAUUCUGAUAAAUCAUGUUUAUGCAAUGAUCAAUUUUAUGAAGUAGGAACAGAUUUGAUUUGCAAGAGUACAAUAAUUAUCAAUAUAUAGACUGUUAGGAGCCUUGUGAUUAGUGCGAUGUAUUAGGAUGUAUUACUUGUUUAGGAAAUAGAGUAAUCAAUGGUAUUAAAUAAUGUGUUUGCCCAACAGAUGGAAUUGCUAUUGCUAAAAGUUAAUAUUGUGAGACAUGUGAUACUGCUGAAGUAUUAGUGACAUUAAAUGAAACAACAGAAUCAUUAAGUGUAUUCUUUGUAAAAGAAAAUACUACUUUUGUUACUUUAGAUUAUUCUUCUUAUGCUCCAUAGGAUUUAUGUAUUAAAAUAAUUGAUAGUACUUAAUUAUCCAGAUUUGGAUUAGGUCCUAAAUGUUAUUAUAAUGGUACUAAUAUUAACAUAGAAUUUGGAAUUCAAUCAUAAAUUAAUUUAAUGGAAGAAAUUUAAUUAAUAGAAAAAGUAUUUGUUAAAGCUAGUUGUAAAAUACCUAUUAAAAAAUAUGUUCUUAAUAUGCUUUAAUUUCCUACCAUUGAAAUCUAUUCACCUUAAUUUACAAUUGAUGGACCAUUAUUUCCUGUUUUUAUUUGUAAAUCAGUUACUCUUAGUGUAUCUAAUAUAAAAUAUGCAGGAAAACGAUAAUUAUCAAAGAUUGACUGGAAAUUAAUAGAAAGUGAUGCAAAUUAAACAGUAAUUGAUAGUAUCAAUGUUGUAUUAAAGGAAGCUAAUUAAAAUAAUUUAGAUACUAUUACUUUUAAUUCAAAAUAAUUCUAAAAUUUUACAAAUUAUACUUUUGAAGCAACAGGGUUAUCAUUUGCAACAAAAAUAGGUUCAUAAAGUUUCAAAUUAUAAACUUUAGGUUUAGUUUAACCAAUCAUUUAAGCUGAUAUAACUCAUUUUAAUCAUUAUUAUAAAUAAUCUUUAAUAAUUCCUGUAACAGUAUCUUAUUAGAUUUGUUAAUCAACAAAGAUUGUAGAAGAAUCUAAUAAUCUAACAUUAUUUUGGAUACAACUUGAAUCUAAUCCAGUAGAAAAUAAGCCUUUAAUAGAAGAUCAAAUAAGUGAAUCAAUAUUAAAUAAAUAGCAUUACUUUAAAAUGUAACCAAAAGAAGGAUAUCCAGAUACUAGUUAUAUUAUAUAAGCUUAAUUAAUGUAUUAAGAUAUAAUAGAAAUAUUUGAAGAAUAAAUACCAGAAGAAUAAGUAGAUGAAGGAACUACAAACACAGAUGAAGGAACUACAAACACAGAUGAAGGAACUACAAAUACAGAUGAAGGAACUACAAACACAGAUGAAGGAACUACAAAUACAGAUGAAGGAACUACAAAUACAGAUGAAGGAACUACAAAUACAGAUGAAGGAACUACAAAUACAGAUGAAGGAACUACAAAUACAGAUGAAGGAACUACAAAUACAGAUGAAGGAACUACAAAUACAGAUGAAGGAACUACAAAUACAGAUGAAGGAACUACAAAUACAGAUGAAGGAACUACAAAUACAGAUGAAGGAACUACAAAUACAGAUGAAGGAACUACAAAUACAGAUGAAGGAACUACAAAUACAGAUGAAGGAACUACAAAUACAGAUGAAGGAACUACAAAUACAGAUGAAGGAACUACAAAUACAGAUGAAGGAACUACAAAUACAGAUGAAGGAACUACAAAUACAGAUGAAGGAACUACAAAUACAGAUGAAGGAACUACAAAUACAGAUGAAGGAACUACAAAUACAGAUGAAGGAACUACAAAUACAGAUGAAGGAACUACAAAUACAGAUGAAGGAACUACAAAUACAGAUGAAGGAACUACAAAUACAGAUGAAGGAACUACAAAUACAGAUGAAGGAACUACAAAUACAGAUGAAGGAACUACAAAUACAGAUGAAGGAACUACAAAUACAGAUGAAGGAACUACAAAUACAGAUGAAGGAACUACAAAUACAGAUGAAGGAACUACAAAUACAGAUGAAGGAACUACAAAUACAGAUGAAGGAACUACAAAUACAGAUGAAGGAACUACAAAUACAGAUGAAGGAACUACAAAUACAGAUGAAGGAACUACAAAUACAGAUGAAGGAACUACAAAUACAGAUGAAGGAACUACAAAUACAGAUGAAGGAACUACAAAUACAGAUGAAGGAACUACAAAUACAGAUGAAGGAACUACAAAUACAGAUGAAGGAACUACAAAUACAGAUGAAGGAAAUACUAAUACAGAUGAAGGAAAUACUAAUACAGAUGAAGGAACAGAUGAAGGUACAUUAGGAGAAGAAGAAGAAGAAGAAGAAGUUAUUCAUUUUUACAAACAAAUAAAUAUUUUUACAUAUCUUAAUUUUACAAUAGAUAUAGAUUAUGUAGGAGUUUCUGUAAUAAUAUUAGGAGGAGACCGUUUUAUUUCUGAAGGAUAAUCUUUAACUUUAGAAGCAUAAUAUUGGGAUGGAAUAGAUGAAGGAUCAUCUUAUAAUAGUGAUUCAUCUAUUGGAUUGUUAUGGGAAUGUAUUUAAGUAGCCACUAAUAAAUCAUGUUAAUUAAAUGAUGGAAGUGACGUAGUUUUUGAAGAGAAUGUUACUAGUAUAUCUUUGGAAGGGGAAAUAUUUAAAAUUGGACAGCAAUAUUAAGUUUCAGUUACAGCUUAUAAAGAUUUGAUUAGAAGAUAUUAUAAAUAUGUUAGUAAUGUGAUUUGUUCAUUUAAAUCAGUUGAGGAAUUAAUAGCUGAAUUUCCUAUAGUAGCAUAAACUAAAAAUAUUGAUAUUCAAUAACCUAUAACAUUUACUUUUAUUCCCAAUUACAAUCUGAUUGCUUAUUACAAUUACACUAUUAUAGUGUUGUAUGAUAAUUAUGAAAUUUCUAAAUAAACUCUAAAUUAUCCUUAAAAAACUUUAAAGCUUAUUGAUUAUUUACCAAGUACAUUAUCUGUAUAAACAUGUACAAUAUAAAUAAUUCAAUAAUCAUAGACAUUUUACUAAAUGGCUAUUUUACCUAUUAUGUUUAAUCUUCCUCCUCAAAAUGCUUAAAUUACAAUAUCUACUUCUAAUGGAGUAGCUAUUGAAACUAUCUACAAUAUUGUAAUAGAAGGUGCAGAGGAUUAAGAUCUACCUCUUUAAUAUAGAUUAAGUUUAUAUACAUCCUAAUCUAAUUUCUUAUAAGAUUUAAUGUAAUCAUCUCAUUUAAAUCAAAUCAUCUUAACUGAUUAUUAAUUUUCUAAUACUUUCUCAUGUAGAUUACCUUCAGGAUUCGAUUCUAAUCUUAAUACUACUUCAUAUAUUGUACUAAUGGCUUAAAUUAAAGAUUCAAGAGGUGCUGUUAGUAAUGUUACGAUGAUUAUUGGAAAUUCACCUUAAUUCAAAUUAUGGAAGGCUUAUCUCAUUUCUGUCAAUGAUUUUAAAACCUCUGUUACUUAGCACUCUAAUAAAACUGAUGUUAUUGCUUCCAGUCUAGAAUUAUUAUCCUUCUACUUUGAUUUCUAGAAGAAUAACUUUAAUUGCGCAGAUCUUGCUCCUACUAUGAAAAUCUUAUAUGCUAAACUUAAAUCUUAAGUAAUUAACGAUUUAGAUGCUAUCUAUUCUAGAAAUAAAAUACUUAGUUUUUAUGAUCAAACUAUGUUUCAAAUGUAUUUAUUAAAUGAAACAGAAAAAUCAAAUCUUAUUUAAACUAAAUUAUAAUCUAUUCUAGAUACUUCAUUUUAGUUCAAAACAAAACUUUUAGCUGCGUUAGCCUUAUCAUAAUAAAGAGAAUAUUAUGGUGAUUUAACCAGUUUAAUUGAUAUUGAUUAUUUUCAAUUUAUAUUAAUUGAAUAAUUGAAACAAUUCAAUUCAGUCCUUAGUUAAAAAUUGAAUAUAAAACAAAUUGAAUAAACCUAUAAUUUAUUAAGUAAUACAACUCUCCAAAAAUGGAGAUUAAAUCAUACAGAAUUAGCUCUUGAAAUGGAUACUAAAGAAGAAGAAGAAAAAGCAAAUGGUACCACUAUCAAUUAUUAACUCAUCAAAUAUAAUACUGUCAUAAAAUUCAUCUAACCAUUUACAGUUGAUGAAAUAUUUGGCUUUUCUAAUAUAAAUCUAUCAGAAACCUUAACUAACUUUAGAAAUCAAUUUAAUUUCACAUCUACCUAACUUACUGCUAUUACAGAUUCAUUGCAAAAAUUUUGUAAAAUUAACGAAUCACCUUUAGAAUUUAAUACUACUUUUGUUUCUAUUAAACUUUAAUUACUUACUUAUGAUUAUUUCAAAUCAUAAUACAAUUUUAAUGAAAAUAAAAGAUUGUUGACAUAACUAAAUUCAACUUAUAAAUAUUUAAUUGUUGUACAUAAAUAUACAAUCAAUCCUUAUAUGAUAGACGAAGAUUUCUUUAACUUUACAGGAACUUUUGCUUUUGAUUAAACAUUUCCUCUUUAUUAACCACUUAUUUAUGAGAUUUCUAAUAACACUGUAUAAAAUGUAUUAGAAGAAAUUGAUUUAAAUGAAUUUACAGUUGAUUUUAUUGUUCCAAACUCAAGUUUAAGUAUUCUAAAUCAAUACUAAUGUGCUCAAGUAAAAUUAUUAUUAUAUUUAAAAAUAAGAAAAAAACCAAAUGGAGAAGUGAUGAUUCUAAUUGUACUAGAAAAGUAGAAUAUCUAACUAAAAUUUUUUAAUUCAAAAUUUGGUGUAUUUGUCCAUAUUUUAGUGAAACUACAUUAAUUAGACCAUUUUAUGUUGAAGAAAUAGCACUUCUAAAACCUAAACUAUUCAGUACAAAAUAAUUUGAAUUAUUAUAGGCUAUGAUAACUUUAUGGACUACACUUUUGGUUUAUAUUGUAUUGGAUUAACUGGAGGUUUAUUAUUGUUAUCAAUACUUGGAGUAUUAAUGGACAAAUCAAAUGCAGAUAAAAUUAAAUUGGAAGAAGAAGAAAUGGAAAAAGAAAGAAUUCAAAUUAUUUUUUCUUAUAGAGUGAAAAAAAGAAGGGCUUAAUAAGAAGAAGAUUCUAAAACAUUUCUUUCAGAAUCAAAAACAUUUAGUAAUACAUAUACUUAGACUGAGUCUCAACCUAUUAAUAGCAAUAGUGAUAUUGGUAUUCAAGAAUUAAGUUGUAAAUUCAUUUUUAUUGGAAUAUUUGUAAUGAUUUUAUUAUUAUUAAAGAAACUGGAAGAAUUAAUAUCAGUUUUUUUGUAUUAUGAUGAUUAUGUCUUAAGACCGAUCAGAUUUCUAGCUAUCUAUCUAAAAUUAAUUGUAAUGUUGUCAGUCUCUGGAGUUUUGCUAAGUGAAGUCAAUAUCAUUUAAUAAUAUGGAAUUAUCAUUUUAGUUUCAGAAAUUUCAGCACUUGUUGUAAAAAUCGUUAAAGCAAUCUUUUCAGGGAAAUUAAUAUAAAUUAUAACAGGAGCAAUAGCUACUCUUUGUAUAUUGGCUUUAUCUUUUUAUAGCAUAGUAGAUAGAGUAAUUAUUACAAUUAUUUAGGCUUUUGGAAAAGAGUAAGAAUAUUUGGAUAAUUGGAUGUAAUUUUAUGCAAUAUGUAUUGGAAUCUAUUUCAUUAUUUUGGAUCCAAUUUAAAGUAUUUUGAAAAUGUUUCUUUAUCCAUGGUGUAGAAAAUAAAUUGAGACUCAAUAAGAGACUCCAAUAUUACAUCUACUAUAUUUUUUAAUUACUCAAAAUGAUUUGAGAACAUAUUUCAAAGUUAUAACUGAGAAAUAAUUGGUUGAAGAUUAAGAGAAUUUAGAAGUAGAAAAAGAUUAAUUUUAAGAAAAAAAAGAGGAAAAUCUUUAAGAAAUUUGA